UUUUUUUUUGUGUGUGUGCAAGAAUCGGAGAUAUUAAGAUUUCCAUCUCUGUUCAUCUUCAUCUUCAUCUUCAUCAUAUUCUCUGUUCUUCUUGAUCCAUCCAUGGAUGAUUCCAGGCAGAACCCCAGGCACCCAAUACUCGUAACCUCCUCCACAGACCCGACAAGAGAAGAAGAAGAAGAAGAUGAAGGGCCUGCGGCUUCUUAAGGCUUAUUAUUAUGCUUAUUUCCGACAAGGGACGAAGAAGAAUCGCUCACCGUUUCCAGGGAGAGAUAAGAGAGAUAAGAGAGAGAGAGAGAGAGAGAAAAGAGAGAGAUUUGGAGUGAGUGAGUCAUGAGGCCGAUUCAACCACCACCGCCCGCCGCCACCCCCAAUUCGUCCCCCUCCUCUUCUUCCAGGGGCAACCGUCCUCGGCGGCGUCCCGACCUCACCUUGCCGCUCCCUCAGCGCGACCCGGCCCUCGCCGUUCCCCUCCCCCUCCCGCCCUCCAUGAGCAACCACCACAACGGGAGCAACACCACCGGCAACCACCUCAACAACGUCUUCCCUCCCGCCCCCGCGGCGACGGCGGGGGCGCAGCAGCAGCAGCAGCACCAGAUGCACUUCUCCGAGCUGGAGCGGGUGAAUCGGAUCGGGAGCGGGAGCGGCGGGACUGUGUACAAGGUAGUCCACCGUCUGACGGGGCGGCUCUACGCGCUCAAGGUCAUCUACGGCAACCACGAGGAGGCGGUGCGCCGCCAGAUCUGCCGGGAGAUCGAGAUCCUCCGGGACGUGGACAACCCCAACGUGGUCAAGUGCCACGACAUGUACGACCACGGCGGCGAGAUCCAGGUGCUCCUGGAGUUCAUGGACCGCGGGUCGCUGGAGGGCAUCCACGUCGGCAACGAGAGCCACCUCAGCCACCUCACCCACCAGAUCCUGAGCGGCCUCGCCUACCUCCACCGCCGCAAAAUCGUCCACCGCGACAUCAAGCCCUCGAACCUCCUCGUGAACUCGCGCAAGCAGGUCAAGAUCGCCGACUUUGGCGUCAGCCGCAUCCUCUCCCAGACCAUGGACCCCUGCAACUCCUCCGUCGGGACCAUCGCCUACAUGAGCCCCGAGCGAAUCAACACCGACCUCAACCACGGCAAGUACAACGGCUACGCCGGCGACAUCUGGAGCUUCGGCGUCAGUAUCCUCGAGUUCUACCUUGGGCGCUUCCCCUUCGCCGUCGGCCGCCAGGGCGACUGGGCCAGCCUCAUGUGCGCCAUCUGCAUGGCCGAACCCCCCGAGGCCCCCGCCUCUGCUUCCCAUGACUUCCGGGACUUCAUCGGGUGCUGCCUGCAGCGCGACCCCGCUCGGCGUUGGACCGCCUACCAGCUGCUGAGGCACCCUUUCAUUUUGACCCACAAUCAGGGCCUGCAGCACCAAGUUCUUCCUCCUCCUCCACCCCUAUUCUCAUCAUCUUAGCUGCUGCUGGUUCUUUUCCUUCUUUUUUCUUCGUUUUCUUUUCUAUUGCCUCAGUUGCCAAUUAUUGGUUCUUGAGUCUUUUUUCAUUUGUAGUUUUUGAUUUUUGAUAUGAUCAUUGGGGUUUGGUGUUUCUAAGUGGGGAGGGCUUUAGAAGAGCUUCAGAAACUUACAACAGUAUCAAUGUGUCUCCUUCAUCUUGACGUCCUCCUUUCAUAAUGGAAUGCAAUGCAGCAAUCCUUUACCAGUGAAAGGAACAUCUGUUUGCUAUGUUUGGUCUUUUUCCUGUCGCUGCCAAGUGCCAAGCCUCAAAUUGUGGUUAGUGCCAAGGGCAAAAAAUAGCAAAAGAGAUAGCUUUUUUCCAUGCAACGCUAUGUAACUAGAUGUUAAUCAAGUUACAAGGCAUGGGGUUUCUUUCUUCUAGGUGGGGGUCACUGGUUUUUUUGGCUAUACUUGGUUAAAUUCUGUGGUGGGAUAUGUUUCUGCAAGAAUUGGACUUUGAAUAACCACGGCUAUUUCAGCUUAUGGGACAUUUUCAGGAGCAGGAAAAAGAUAAGAUUUGGCUUUAGACACUAUUAAUGCACGUUUUCUUGGCUCUUGCUUUCCUGUGAGGGGCUGUGUGCCCCCUAUCAUCAUCACGGACACAUCACAUAAGGGCUUAAAUGGGAAAAA